GGUGCUUAAAAUUUAAACCACAAACAGUACUACUACUACUACCGAAUACUACUGUAUCAAAUGAUCGGAUGGUGUAUGUUCCUUCGCGUUUGAUAAAUUUUUGUUACGUUUAGCUAUUGAUUGUGAUGCUGUGGUAAACUGUUUGAGAAUAGCCUUAUUGAAUUAUGAAUAAAGGUGAAUGAAAAUAUAAUUCGAAGGCGUUGUAUUAGAUUUAUUUCAUGAUCACCACACUGGUGAUUUACUGAAAUUUGAGGCUUUUCAGAACUAUCUGACAAAAUGGAAAAACCAGUGGAUCGGUCAGUUGGGGUGAUUUUACCUGCUGCUGGAAAUGGUGAAAGAAUGGGAGUAACAAUACCAAAACAGUUCUGUAAGAUACUAGGAAGACCUUUAAUUCAGUACACAGUGGAAGCUUUUUUGAGAUUUUCAUGGAUAAAACAAGUAGUUGUUGUAGCAGCUUCAGAUAGAAUGGACUUGAUGAAAGAAACUUUAGCUGGGUUAGAUUCUGGUAAUUAUGGCCGAUUAAGAAUGGUCAGUGGAUCCUCAAGUCGUCAUAGGUCAAUACAGGCUGGACUGAAGGCCUUAGCAUCUAGUGAAAAUUCUCCAGAUAUAGUUGUUAUUCAUGAUGGGGUUCGCCCACUUGUGCCUCCUGAGAUUUUAAUUGAAGUGGUUUGUGCAGCAAAAGAUUAUGGAGCAGCUGGAGCUGUGCGACCCCUAGUUUCAACAGUUUUAAGAAGUGACGAAAUGGGUUUUAUGGAGGAGGCAUUAGACAGAAGUCAGUACUGUGCUAGUGAAAUGCCUCAAGCUUUUGUUUUGAGUUUGAUCAAAGAAGCUUAUAAUAUGUGUUCUGAUCAUGACCUGGACUAUGGUACUGAAUGCCUUCACCUUGUCCAAAAAUAUAUGGGUCUAAAACCUCGUCUGAUAGAGGGGACUGCUGAUUUGUGGAAGGUCACCCACAGAAAAGAUUUAUAUGCAGCAGAGACAACUGUAAAAGAGAGACGACGAGUUCAUCUUGUUGCACAAGACAUAGAUCUGUGUCUUCUGGAACAAAUCUUGUUGGCGCUGAAGGAGAGGUUUUCUGAGGUACAAGUUUGUGAAGACACUAUUGUUCAGACCCCACCUUGUCAUCUGGUGAGAGUUCACAAUGGCAUAUUUCUUACAGAUGUUCUGUCAGAGACAGAAGCAUGGGUAAAAGCUCUAUCUCCAUGUGUUCAGCCCAGCUCUUUGGUUUCUAUAGUAACCAAGACUGAUAUUAAUGAAAAUGGCUAUCCAUCUACUGUAGCACUUCAGGCUAGAGCCCAGGCCAUUGCCAACAUGGCAAGAAAUUGGAACAUCACAAUCUUUUUUAUAUUUUCUCCAUACCAGGCAAUAUCUCCAAGAACUUGUGAAGAUAUUAGCAAGAAGACUGCAUACCUGCUUUUUGAAGAAAGCGACAUUUUAAGUGGACAGAUAAUAUAUGUGUGAAUCUCUUCAGUUUACAAGUAAACUGAUGGCUUACUGUUAUGUCUUUCAUGUUACUAGUCUUAGUUAAAGACUGAAGCAUGCAGUAAUUGAAAUACAGAGAAACUGAAACAUUUAAAAAACUAUUCUCCCAAAGUUGAAGUGCAUAUUCAAGAAUAAAAAUGGGCAUUAGCAUAUUUUAUACAUAUGACAAUUGUGUGACUAAGCAUAGCUAGCUGGUUUGUACGACCAGUCUUUAAGGUUAUAUCAGUACAUAAUGGUGUUUUUGAAUAUAUUGUUUUCCUGAAAAUGUCUAGGGAUAAUGUUUCAGUUUGUGCUGAAGUUUAUUAGAUUACUACAGGAACUGUGUUCCUCAUUUACACGAUCUGUCAAUAUUAUAUAGUGCAGUCUUUUCACAAAAUUUCCAUCUGUUGGGUAUUGUUGCUUAAUACUGCUAGAUUGCAUUUUCUUUGUAGAGGAUGAAAAUGCUUUUAGAAAACAGUCUUUAAUUUUAUUAUUGUGAUUGUGUUGUUUGUAAUAUGAAUAUGACCUUCUGAAUUUGAAAAUAUCUGUAAAAGAAGAAAAAGUGCAUUCAUGGUCUUAGAAGAAUAUACUACAUUUAAAAUAACAACAUCUUUAUGGUUUCAGUUACCUGACACACCCCAAUAAGAAGCUGCCAAAUUUAUGUUUUUACAUUUGGACUAAAAAGAUUGAUUAGAUUAAUGUUUUUAAUUUCUAAUAUGUAAAUAUUAUCAAAUCAAAGGUGCCACCAAUUUUCAUCAUUUUUGGUUUUCUGCACAACUUUUUAUGAAGCAUUUUUAAAAUGAAAAACAACUGGAAGGCAGAUGCUGACUUCUUAACACUCUACUAAUACUGGGAGCUUGACAGAUCACUGUGUGCCAUUCAUUUGUACCUAGAAAGUGAUAACAGCAUGAUAACUGUGAAUUUGGAGAUAUGUUUUUCUGAAAUAAAUAUGAAAAUUCAUGGGACUCUUAAUUGGAAUGUACUUGUAAAAUUGUAUGUUGUAACAACUAUUUAAAUGUUCAAACAUAUUGUGUAGCCUCCUAUAUCUGCUGUCCACAUCUACGCACAAAUGCACAUGGGCAUCAAAUCAUAAGUACAAAAUGAAAUAAACUUUAAAUUAAAACUAACAAACUAUAGUAUUUUCUCAAAAGAAAAACAGGACCCUAUUAAUAUCCUGCCUCAAAGCCAACAUGCACAGAGAAAAUAAAAGUACUUUUCUAUAUGGCCUCAAAUAAAUCCCUGCCAUAAAUGUAAAAAAUGGCUUUGAAUAAAUCCUUGACUUUAUUUUAAUAACAAUAUUUUCUUUGCUGGAUACAGCACAAGUACACUUAAUAUUAAAAAGUUAUAAACUGGCUUUUUAACAGAUUGAGGCUUCAAAAAAGAUGACCAAAUGUUGUUGCAAAAUUGAUUUUACCUUAAAAAUUAUUUGUAAACUUUUCGAAAAUAAACAUAUAUCUACCUGCUCAACUUUUUCUUACAGUGUGACAAGAACCACACCUAUUUUUUAGUUAAUUCAGUUAUGGCAUAUAAAUAAAAAUAAUACAACAGUAGAGAACAGGAUGUUCUUCCAGUUUUACCUCUUUACCAUUGUAAAAUGUUCACUACUACCUCAGACACACCAAUACGGCAAGUUGUUGUCUUUGAUUUUUAGUGUAAAAUCUCUCGUGUCGGUAUAGUAAUGAUUUAACAAUUUUGUUUGUUAAUAAUUUCAUACUAUUUAUAAUGAUAAGGAUGUCUCAUUCAUGAGUAUCGGUAAAUUACAAUAUUUUAUAAGGAAACUCGAGAGAGAGAGAGCAGUACUGAUUUUUCUCGUAAAAUAUCAAAAAAUUUUUACAUGAGUAUGCGUUAUAUUUAAGUGUAAAACAGGAAUUAAUGUAUUAAUGAACAGUAUCACUGAUGAAUAACUUAGAAAUGUUUUGUUUAAUAACUAGUAAUUACAUCAUAUUGUUGAGCAAUGUUCUUUUAAAACCUUUUAUUGUGAGAUAUGAUUUUGAAUUUAAUUCAGUAGCAGUUGUGUCUUUAAAUGUUCAUAGCAACAUACUGAUGUACCAUGUUUAAUCAUUGCUGAACACUUAAAAUGCUGCUAAGACUGUAUUAUUUGAAUUAGGAGUUCCAAUUGCUAUGUUAAGUUUCUCCCAUUUUAUUUACCGUUACUCCACUGUCAGUUUUCUUGCAUAAUUAAUGAUGUUAAUCAGCUUACACUUUAUCUGUAUAUGUAUAUAUUUAUAUGUGUACAUAGCAUGCUUAAACAGUGUAAAAUGUCUUACAUUUCGGUAUAUAUAUGUGAUAAUUGUAAUGAAUGUAUGUUCUAUUUUGUACAUUUUAAAUUCUGUGUAACAUAUAUAUUACAUUAAUGCAAUAAAUCACCCUUGUAAGAUGCACCAAAUUAAUUAUAUCUUAUGUGGUUGAGUGAAUUUAAAGUGUGUGAUUUAGUUCUAAAACUAAAAGGUUUAGAAUUUAUGACAUUUCAAUAGAUAUUAUAUUGGUAUGGUUUAAUGUAAUCAGGAUGACAUAAAAGUUUUGUUUUACUAACUUGUUCCAACUUCACUUACCAUUGGGAUAAAUUGAUAAAUUCGCCUUCAGUUAUUGUUGCCUGUCAGUGCUUGGAUAACAAGUUUUAUGUAUUGUAAAAUAAGCAUAUAUUGUCAUAUAAAGUUAUAUGAAUACAUUUUUUAAAAUUACAGAAGUAUAUAACAGUCAUUUUGAAUUUCUAGGUUAUUUCAUCUUUUGAAAGUAUAUUCUUUUAUGGGAAUAAUUAGUUGCUGCUGCUCAAACAGUUAUUGUAGUUUUGUGUUACUGUCAAAACUUGGCUACACCUUUUGAAAAAAACUAUAAUUUUUAGACAGACUAUGUGUGUUACAAAAGUGAUUUUUAUGCAAAGAAAUUUGCUGUGUUAUAUCCAGCAAUCUGGUCUGCAAAUUUUCCUGAAAAUAUGUAGAAUGUCAGAAUUUGCUUUGGAACUUUAUGUGCAGUGUUUAUCAAUAUUGUUUAAUACUAAGUAUCGAUAUUUAAAUAUAUAAACCCUUUUGUUUCUUAUUUAACCUUUCUCUGUGAAACCUAUUUUUAAUGAUUCCUCCACUAAUGAUAGUUAAAAUUAUGUAUGUUUCACACAGAAUUGUGCUGUUUCAGAUUUCACUGCACUCGCCUUGAAGAUAUAUGGAUAUAACAUCAGUUUUUGAAAUUUCAUUUCUGUCUGCUUAAAUUCUGUAUAAACAGGAAUUACAAGUUUUUAGGAUCUUGUGGGUUUGUGCCCCAGAUUUUGAGUUGAUGCAAAGUAGAAUAUGUAUAAUUCAUUGCUUUUUAAACAUCAUAGGCCUGUAAAGCCCACUUCCAUGUUAUUACUACUACUAGCAGGAAAUAUUUGUUCAGUGCUAUGACCUAUGGUACAUGUAAAGUUGUUGAACUUAAUUCUAUUCAAGUAGUAAAUCUGGAAAUCAUGGCUUAUUGUCUUACACACACACACACAAACAAAACUUAUGAGAAAAGUUACCAAAGUUCAAAUUAUCACCAAAGUAAUUUUCCAUUUGACCUCCUAUUUAUGAGAUAGGCUUGGUGUUCAUGCACAAUUAGGUGAACAUGAUUUUUAUUGGCAAACUGAAGUUUUUGGCUAUCGAAAAGGACUACAGCUCAAAAACUCAAUGCUUACCUCCUGUGACAUGAUACUGUACUUAAGUUGAGUGUUUUGUUACAUCCUACAUCAUUAUAUGGUACUUUAAAAAUAACUGAUAAGCAUGUAUGCAAUUACACUGAAAAACAAAUAUACAUUAUUAAUGUGUUUGUGGAGUAAUUUGUCUUACUGAUGGUUUUUAGAGUAAGAUACAACAGCAAACUUUUGCGUGAAAUAUGUUUUACCAUUGUACAUACAUUUACUUAAGUAAAUUUAAAUGUUUAUUUUUUGAUAACUGAAAAUUAUGAGGAUUGCUAGAUAUCUUUAUACAUGUACUAAACAGAAUUUUUUUUGCUAUAUUGUGGAUUUAUUAUCUUAGUAAUGACUGUAAAUUGUUUCAUAUAAAAGUGUUUUUAAAUGUUUUUAUGUUGCAUAAUUGAAAAUAUAACGUUAUUAGUAUACAUAAGAAAUUUUCAGUAUUUUGAAAUGUAUUCAGGUAGCAAAUACAGUAAAUCACACCAUUGAUGUAGUUGAGUUACAGAUAACUGAAUUUAUUUUUAAGUCAUAUUCAUGAACAAAUGCUUAAAAAACAUAUGCAUAUUUGUAUUUAUUACUGCUUAUAUAUUAAAUGUUGUGCUUUUACUUUUAUAUGCAAAGUUUGUCUAUCAUAGUUAAAGGUUUUUAUUGACAGUUAAUUUGGUAACUUGUUACCUUUAAUUGGUGAUAGUAUACUUUUAAAAUGAAAACAGUAUUAUAGAACUAGAUUUAUAGAUAUGGUUAAUCUUGAUACACAAACAAUUCUUUAAAUGUGGUUACUGGCCAUUUUCGUAAUAUCAGAGAAAACAUGUUUGGUAUUAAUCAUUAAUAUGUCAUUAUCUUUAACUGAAAUUUAUGAAGCACUUCAUCUUGUCAGAUUUCAUUCAUUUUAUAAAAGUAUUCAGGUCAUUUAAAGUCAAGCAGAAAUUACUAUUGUGUUUAAGAUAUCAUUGAAAUUUUUUUUGUAAAUCAUCCUUUUUAGUUUAAUUUUUUUCUGAAGUCAGCUAGAUAACUAAAAAAAGUGUAAGUCAUUAGAUAUUACUCAGUUAUGUAAUAUGUACCUGGGCACUUAACCCUAUUUUUAUGCCACUGCAAAUAUCUAUAGCUAGCAAUUUAAUUUUUUGAUAUUGUCAUUAUCUACAUAAUAAAUGUAUCAAUAAAAUGAACUGUAAUUAAUGAAAAAGCUCUUAGAAGUCAAAAAACCUUAUUUAUAAUAAAGCAAUUGAUGUUGAA